AUGAAUUUCAAUAAAAAUAGAAGAGUCACUUUAUUUUAGAUUCUAGGAAGAGAUAGAGUGAAUAAGAAAUCAUAAACAUAACAUAAGAAGUCAAAUACAAUAGAUCAUGUGUAAUUACCAUAAUUAUAUGAUAAUUUUCUAACUGAACAUAGAAUACGUCUAGGAUAAUAGAAAUAAUUCAAAUCUAUCAAAAUUAAAGAUGAUUUUCCAGCCAAUGCAUCUUUAAAUGUAUCAGUUAGAUCACCGAUUAGAUUAUAAAGCAUUUUCUAAUCAGGUUAAAUGAAUAUCAAAAUAGACUAAUUGUUAAACAGAAAGAAAUAUGUCAAGUCAAGUAUACAGAUGAAAUUACACUGA